AUGCGCAAGCGUCUGUCAAGUCGAAUACCAUUAACCCCUGUUACAAUUGCAUGUUUUACUGGAAAGACUUGUAGGAAUGCGUUAAUGCAGUUUCGUUUUAAAGUAAAAACGAAGUUCGUCCGCUAUGGAGGACCUUCUGUUCCUUUUAACUAUGUAGACGCACAUUUCUACCUUCAGCAGUAUUUUCUCAAAUAUUCUCGAAAAAAGUGGAACGCCGAAAUAAUAAUACUCGAUUCUUUCUUGACCUUCAUGAUGACACGUGGACUCUCUGAUCAUGCGGCAAUUUAUGGUCUUCUGCGGCCAUCAGCUUUGAUUGCCCAGAGGGUCAAACGGUUCCUUAACCAUUCCUUUGGCCCCCGUGGUCGGUUCUUUGCGGUGCACAAGCGACACCGUGAAAUG